UAUGACGACGACGACGACCUGUGUGGCCAGUUUGAUAAUACCAUUUUGAGCGACCGAAUGUUCGACUAUGUAUCGUUCAACGUUACUCGUAGUUUUAGGCUUAGCGCAAAUAUGUUGGCAAAUUCGCACAGCCUCGUGUUACAAUAUCUUGGCGGUGUUUCCGGUUAGAGCGUACAGUCAUUUCGUUGUACUGAAUUCGAUCGCGAAAGAAUUAGCGAGUCACGGCCACAACGUAACCGUGUACAGUAAAUACCCGGAAAAGUACAAAAGCGAUAACUACACCCAUAUCGAGCUGGUCGACUGUUUUCCGCUGAAAAACGACAAUUAUAGGUACAACAGCGUCGAAUACGUGUCCAGCUACAACAGUAAUUUGGGAUUUUUGAUUUACAUCUUGAGUUUUAUUCCGGCGUACGAAGAAAUCAAAGAAUGCGCACCGCUAAUGGAUCUGAUCGAAACGUCCGAUCAUUCGUACGAUCUGCUGCUUUUGGAAGCGUACAACGGUAACACCGACAUCUACGCCGGAUUAUCGUAUAAACUGAAAAUCCCCUACGUCAGCGUCGCUACCACCACCCUGUAUCCCUGGCUAUCCGAAAGGAUCGCUACUCCCGAUAAUCCCAGCUACAUUCCGGUGCCUUUUUCCGGAUUCACCUCCGAGAUGACUUUUUACGAACGAAUCGUCAACACCGUCGUGUACCUGACAUCCAAAAUUCUCUACAAUCUGAAAUCUAUUACCGAAUCGGAUGCCAUUGCUAGGCAGCUAUUCGGACAGGAUAUGCCUAAUUUGAGAAAUAUAUUGGAAAAUUGUAGUCUCACCUUUACCUACACUCAUAGCAGCAUGAAUCCUAUUCGACCUUUGGUUCCGAACGUCGUCGAAAUUGCCGGUGUCAAUAUAAAAGGAGUGAAUCCUUUACCAGAGGAUAUCGAAAAAUUCAUCAACGAAUCGGAGCACGGAGUAUUGUACUUUUCUAUGGGAUCUUUUCUGCACUCCAAAAUGUUCCCCAAGGAUAAAUUGAAUGCGCUUAUCGCUGCUUUUGCGCAAAUCCCUCAAAGAGUUAUUUGGAAAUGGGAAAGCGAUACUAUUUCUGUAAAAACUGACAAGAUUUACACCGCUCCGUGGCUUCCUCAGAAAGACAUCCUAGCCCAUCCGAACGUGAAGCUGUUUAUGUCCCAUGGAGGAUUAUUAGGCCUCAAUGAGGCGAUUUACGCCGGCGUACCGAUUCUAGGAAUACCUAUUUUUGCUGAUCAGUUGACGAAUGUCAACCAUUUGAAAAAUCUCGGAGCUGCCGAAGUUCUCGACUACAACGAAAUCACCGAGGAAAAUGUGUUGAAAAAAAUUUAUCAAAUUUUAGACAACAUAAGCUACGAAGAAAAUGCCAAAUUAAUCUCAACGAGGUACAAAGACAGGCCAUUAUCGCCGCAGGAUACAGUCGUCUAUUGGUCCGAAUAUGUUGUAAGACACGACGGAGCACAUCAUUUGCGAACACCUGCCGCUCGCAUGCCCUGGUAUCAAUACAUAUUGUUGGAUGUGAUCGGCUUCGUUGCGAUUUUAUUCGCCAUAUUUUUCAUCACAGUUUUUUAUACGUUCAAAUUAUGGUUCUUGAUGAUUCGCAAAUUGUUUGUGAAGAAUUGGCUAAACCCAGCUGUAAAAGUUAAAGAGAACUGAAAUGGAAAUUUUAGCAACAUAUUUUCUCGACAUUUCCGUCAGGCUCGCACAGUUAGGUACCCACCUUGAACCUACCUACCUAUACAUGAAUGGAUAUGCUGUGCCUCUCUGAUGAGUUUCGUCUUUUUUGCAAUGUAGGUAAUGUAUAGGCUCCAGUGGUGUAGCCAGGAUUUUCUCAAGGAGGGGGCAAAACCAGAUUUUUAGGCACGAAAAAUCGAAGUGAGGGGUAAUUUUCUGGAAACCUAUUGUAAUGUGUGGUGAUGUUAUGAAAAUGAAGGCAAAAUUACUGCUCGAGCGAAGCGAGAGCGAAAAUUUUUAGAAAAAAUGAGUCAGAACAACAAAAAAACGUCAAUUUUUGCAUGUUUUCUUUCAAAUUUUCGCUCUCAAGGGGGGGGGGGGCAUGGCCCCCUGCGCCCCCCCUUGGCUACGCCACUGAUAGGCUCGUACCUACUUGUACAGUUUUGCGAAUAUGUAUGUAGAAGUAGGUACCUAUCGUACUCGUACUCAUACUCGUACAUGUAGGCACAAUAAGUUAUAUAUCUGUUUUAAUAAAUGAUUUUGAACUGCUGCUUACGUA